UUGUAGCAAGUAUAUUUUAGUCGGGAUUCCUCUCAUCAUGGAGUACAUUUGUACAUACUAGUAUGUGAAAUUUUUUAAAUUUAAAAACAAUGACCUAAAUUUUUUUAACAAAAUUAAAACAACCGCCUUAAAUAAAAAAAAAUAGCCGCCUAAAAUAAAAAGUUCCCACUAAAUUAUACCUACACUCUUACGUUCCCUCUAGUCUGACAAAAAAAAAACAAAAAAAAAAAAAAAAAGGGAAAAACCUAAAACAUAAGCAGAAGUUCCUUCAACCUUCAAAAUUUCUUUUUCUACCUUAAGUUUUAUUUUUUUCUUCACCUAUUGAAGUUAUUGUUGGCCACCGCUCAAUUUAAUCUUUCAAUUGUUCAAUCAUUGAUGCUGGGAUUCCUUAAUUGCGGUUAGUUUCAAUUGCUGCAAUUCGGGUAUUAUUAUUUAUUCAGUGGAAAGGACUUUCAGGAAUCAGAGACAAGGAAAAAGUGCACCAGGAAAUAAUAUUGAUGUAUACUUACAACCUUUAGUUGAAGAGCUAAAGCAACUGUGGGAAUUCGGGGCUAAGACUUAUGAUGCAUCAAAAAAUGAAUAUUUUCCUAUGCAUGCAGCUCUCUUAUGGACCAUCAACGAUUUUCCAGCUUAUGCUAACUUAUCUGGGUGGUCUACUAAGGGCUAUAAGGCUUGUCCCCGUUGUUUGAAUGAAACCUCUUCAACUAGAUUACCUAAUUGUGGUAAGUGUUGUUAUAUGGAUCAUCGUUGCUUUUUACCUGCUGAUCACAAAUGGAGACACAAUAAGUCUUUUAAUGGUAAAGUUGAAACAAGGGGUCCACCAAAGAAAUUAUCAGGUAGUGAAAUAUUAGAGCAAGUUAAGGAUCUUGAAGGUAUGAAGUUUGGGAAAACCAGUAAGUUACCAAAGAGAAAUGACAAUUGGAAAAAGCAGAGUAUAUUUUUUAAAUUGCCUUAUUGGAAUAACCUCUUGCUUCGUCAUAAUCUUGAUGUUAUGCAUAUCGAAAAAAAUGUUUGUGAUAAUAUUCUUGGCACUUUACUCGACAUUGAAGGUAAAAGCAAAGACAAUAUUAAAGCUAGACAUGAUUUAAAACAUGUAAAGAUUAUGAAGCAUCUUGCUCCAAAAUUGAUUGACGGAAAAUGGCAUAUGCCACCAGCACCUUAUACAUUAUCCAAGGCUCAAAAAUUAACAGUGUACAAAUUUUUGGAGGAUAUUAAAGUUCCAGAUGGGUAUUCAUCUAACUUUUCUAAGUGCAUCAAUCUUGAGAAGCGUAAAAUAUGGGGACUUAAAACGCAUGAUUGUCAUGUGCUUUUAGAGGAAUUGUUGUCGUUGGCAAUUCGUGGAGUAUCAUCUUCUAAAGUGUACGAGGUGAUUACUAAAUUGAGUGCAUUUUUUAAGAAUUUGUGUUCCAAGACUUUAAAAUUAGAGGACUUGAAUGAUCUUGAGGAUCAUAUUGCAAUCACCUUGUGUGAAAUGGAAAAGAUUUUUCUUCCCUCUUUUUUUGAUGUAAUGGUGCACUUAUGUGUUCACUUAGCUGAGGAAGCUAAGAUAGCAGGGCCAGUUCAUUAUCAAUGGAUGUAUCCUAUUGAAAGGUUAUUUCGAAAAUUCAAAUCAUAUGUUCGCAAUAAAAAUAGACCGGAGGGAUCCAUUGCAGAAGGAUAUAUAAUAGAGGAGUGUAUGUUCUUCUGUUCAAGAUAUUUAAAUGAUAUGGAGACUAAAUAUAACAUGUUAGAGAGGAAUGCAGAAGAAGAAACUGAUGCUUAUAAGGGAUUAUCAAUAUUUGCAUCAUAUGGCGUUCCCUUGGGAAAGGCUAAAUCUAAAUCUCUAACUACCGAAGAGUUGAUACAAGCUCGAGAAUAUGUGCUUAAAAAUUGCGACGAAACUGAGUCAUACUUAAAUGAAUAUGCAGAAGCGGGAUCUGAUAAAAAUUUGGUAGAAUGGUUUCAAGAUCGGGUUACAACAUUGCCAGAAAGUGAGGAUCAAGUUGUCAAAGAUUUAAAAACUUUGGCUUUAGGGUCGUUUAGAGGUGUCCAGUGUUUUGGUGGAUAUUUGGCUAAUGGAUUCAGGUUUCAUACUAAGGACAUUGAAAAGAAGAGAAAAAAUCAGAAUUCUGGUGUUAUGGUUAAAGGAAUUGCAGAGUAAAAAAAUAUUGACUACUUUGGGGUGCUUAAUGACAUAAUUAUGCUACAGUAUUUAGAUGGAAAGCGUGUGAUCUUGUUUCGUUGUGAUUGGUGGGAUGCAUAAGAUUGGUAAAGGGGUUAAGAUUGACAAAAGCGGUGUAGUUAGUGUUAACACUAAAUGUAAGCUAAUUACUGAUGAGCCAUUUAUGCUUAUGUAUCAAGCCCAACAAGUAUUUUUUGUUAGAGACGGAUUUGAUACAAGCUGGUUGGUUGUGAUUAAGACCCAUCCGCGACAUCAAUACAACAUCCCAGAAAAUGAAAAUGUCGAUUUAGAUGAGGAUGCUUUACAACAAAGUGACUCAGGAGCUGUUCCUAAUGUUUUCUUAUCGGCUCAUGACUUAGAGGACACUCCUUAUCAAUUUGAUGACCAAAGAGAUGAUAUUGAUGACAUAAUCAUUGAUGCAACCGAUCAAAAUCAACCCAAAGUUGUCAAUGAUAAUGAAAUCGAAGAUGAUGAAUUUGAUUUUGAUACAGACAAUGACACUGAUGGUGAAGAAGAAUGUGAUAAUGAUGGAGAUGAGGACGAUGAUGAUUAUAUUACAUGAUUUUUGUUUCUUUAAAUUAAUUUUUUAAAUUAAUUUUCUUUCACUAAUGUUAUAGUUUGACAUUUUAAUACAAUUUUUGUUGGAUAUAUUACGCUUUAUCAAUCAUGA